CAAACUCCCCUCCCUUCUCUCUCUUUCAGUCCAUCAUGGAACAGUUCAACCCCUGCUUGCGGAACUUCGUUGCCAUGGGGAAGAGCUAUGAGAAGGCCCUAUCCAAUGUGACGUUUGCUGCUAAGGGCUACUUUGAUGCCCUGGUGAGGAUGGGAGAGCUAGCCAGUGAGAGCCAGGGAUCCAAGGACAUGGGGGACGUGCUGUUUCAGAUGGCUGAGGUCCACAGACAGAUCCAAGUACAGCUGGAGGAGAUGCUGAAAUCUUUCCACAACGAGCUGCUGUCUGAGCUGGAGAAGAAGGUUGAGCUGGAUGCUCGUUACCUGACGGCUGCGUUGAAGAAGUACCAAGUGGAGCACAAGAGUAAGGGAGAGAGUCUGGAGAAGUGUCAGGCUGAACUGAAGAAACUCCGCAGGAAGAGCCAGGGCAGCAAGAACCCCUCCAAGUACGGAGAGAAGGAGAUGCAGUUUGUGGAGACCAUCAGUAGUAAGCAGAGUGAACUGGACACCUUCAUAGCAGAGGGCUACAAGACUGCUCUGUCUGAGGAGCGCAGGAGGUACUGUUUCCUGGUGGACAGACAGUGUGCUGUGGCCAAGAACAGCAGCGCCUACCACGGCAAGGGUAAAGACCUGCUGACCCAGAAGAUCCCAGUAUGGCAGCAGGCUUGUUCAGACCCCAACAAGCUACCAGAGCGGGCCAUGCUCCUAGCCCAGCAGAUGGGCUCCGGGUCCAGCACGGGCACCGCUUCCCUGACCAUGGGGGGCUCCAGCCCCCUGAACACCUCCAAGUCUAACCUGUCCAACCUGGUCAUCUCUGACCCCAUCCCCGGGGCUCAGCCACUCCCUGUCCCCCCAGAACUGGCUGUCUUCAUGGGUGGUGGGCUGGGACACCAGGCGGUGAGUGGUGGGCUGGGGCACCAGGCGAGGCUGAUGGGUUCAGAUGGGAUUUCCAUGGUGAACGGUACAACAGGACUCCACGGAGAGGAAGAGUACUGGACAGAGGGGGGGGUGUCAGUCUCCCAGCUCCAAGGAAGACCCUCCUCCCCCCAGGCCCCUUCCCUACCCCAGGGACAGGCCCCCACCCAGAGACAGGUCAGUGAGCACUACUCCAAUACCCUGCCCGUCCGCAGGCCCCAGCCUGCCAAGAACAAGACCUCUGUUGGUGAGACCCGUACCCUGCCCAGGUCUAGCUCCAUGGCAGCGGGGCUGGAGAAGAACGGUCGUGCCCGUGUCCAGGCCAUCUUCUCCCACGCGGCCGGAGACAACAGCACCCUGCUCAGCUUCUCUGAGGGAGACAUCAUCACCCUGCUGGUCCCAGAGGCCCGUGACGGAUGGCACUACGGGGAGAACGAGAAGAACAAGAUGCGUGGCUGGUUCCCCUUCUCUUACACACGUGUGCUGCCAGAGAGUGAGAAGGAGAAGCUCCAGGUGAAUCUGCACCAUGGGAAGAGCAGCAGCACCGGGAACCUGCUGGAGAGCGACAUGUCUCUGCCCAUGCCCGACUACGGCCUGACUGCCCGCCUGCUGGCACAGAGCCUGGCACAGAGCAGACCCAGGCCCUACAGCAUGGCAGGCUUUACCACACAGCCUGCCCUUGAGGACUAUGACAGUCGCUUUGCUGCUGCAAGUUUGGGUCCAGAAAUGUCCCGGUUCUGAAAGAACAGGACGUCAUGACCGAGCCCUGGAGAUUUACUUCAGACAACCCAUCAAUGAUGACAGAUCAGCCCCUAUAUUCUACUAGCAGGGGCCCUCACAGCACCCCUGUAGGUCUCUGGCCUCUCACCUUCCCCUCACAGCACCCCUAUAGGUCCCUGGCCUCUCACCCUCCCCUCACAGCACCCCUGUAGGGUCCCUGGCCUCUCACCCUCCCCUCACAGCACCCCUGUAGGGUCCCUGGCCUCUCACCCUCCCCUGACAGCACCCCUGUAGGUCUCUGGCCUCUCACCCUCCCCUCACAGCACCCCUGUAGGUCCCUGGCCUCUCACCCUCCCCUCACAGCACCCCUGUAGGUCUCUGGCCUCUCACCCUCCCCUCACAGCACCCUUGUAGGUCCCUGGGGCUCCCUGGCCUCCGAUCCUCCUCUCACAACCCCCCUGUAGGCACCUGGGGGUCCCACCUCCCCCUAACCAGCUUGUGUGUCCCUGGCCCCUCGCCCUCCUCUUAAGACCCUGUAGGUCUCUGGCCUCUAGUCACAAUACUGAUAAUGAUGAACAUAUAUUUUUUAUUUCUAUGUUCCUGUAACUUAAAUAAUGUACAGCAAACUGUCUUAAGAGGUUGAAGGUAAAUAUUGAGAGGGAGGACAACGUGUGGUAUGUAUAUAGGUUAUAUUACAGUAAAUUGAUAGUUACACUGGAUGUAGAUGUACAGUAUAACAUAAGUACAUUUGUAAAUACUUUUUUCAUUUAAAACUAUUACUUGAUAUUUUAAACCAAGUCUGCCCAACGCUCUUUCUGAAGAUCUACCAUCCUGUAGGUUUUCAAUCCAACCGUAAUCAAACAUACCUGAUUCCACUAGUUAAGGUCUGGGGGACCUGCUAAUAAUUAGAAUCAGGUGAGUGAGUGAAAAAGUACAGGCCGGUAGGUCUUCAGUAAGAAGGUUGGGCAGACCUGCAGCAGGCCUACAUGCUAGCCUGGAACUGCUGUCAACUAGGAUGGGCGUUAGGGAGGCUCCACCACUACACUUACACUGCCUUGCAAAAGUGUUCACACCCCUCGGAUUUCCUCACAUUUUGUUGGUACAAAGUGGGAUUCAAAAUAAAUACAAUCUUUUUUUGUUGUCAACAAUCUACACUAAAUACUCAAGUCAAAGUGUUUUAUUGAUUUAAUAUGAAUAGAGAUUACAUAACAAAAAUAUUGUUGUUGCAUAAGUAUUGAGCUCCCUAAAUCAAUACAUUUGACUUAGGGGGCGAUUACAUCUGUGUCUUCCUGGGAUUUGAUUUGAUUUGAAGAAAAAAAGUAUUUUAAAGCUUUACACACCUGGUUUGUGCAAUAUUAGCCCAUUUAUUAUUUUUAAUGUUCUUCAAGCUCUGUCAAGAAUUCUCGCAAUUGAUUUAAGCAGAUUUAGGUCUAACUGUAACUUGGCCACUCAGGAACAUUCACUGUCUUCUUGGUAAGCAACUCCAGUGUAGAUUUGGCCUUGUGUUGUAGGUUAUUGUCCUGCUGAAAAGUGAAUUCCUCUCCCAGUGACUGGUGUAAAGCAGACUGAAGCCUCAAGGAUUUUGCAUGUGCACAUAGCUUCAUCCCGUUUCUUUUUAUCCUGGAAAACUGCCCAGUAUUUGCUGACGUCAAGCAUACCCAUAACAUGAUGCAGCCACCACCAUGCUUAAAAAUAAAGAGGCAGUUAGUUACUCCGUGUUGUAUAUAUUUGCCCCAAAUGUAAGGCUUUGCAGUGUUUUUUUGAAAGUAUAAUUUGUGUGCCUUGUUGCAUACAACAUGCAUGUUUUGGAAUAUUUUUAUUCUGUAUAUUUGUAUUGUUCUUUUCAAUCUGCCAUUGUAAGUCGUUAUUGUGGAGUCUCUACAAUGUUGUUGGGCCAACCUCAGUUUUCUCCCAUCACAGCUUUUUUUUUUUUAUCACCAUGGUGACAUCCCUGAGCUGUUUCAAUCCUGCUGCUCAGUUCAUGUCUCUGGGUGGUUUAAUACACCAUCCACAUAAUAAUUAUUAACUUCACCAUGCUUAAAUAUAUAUUCAAUGUCUGAUUUGCUAUUGUUACCCAUCUACCAAUCACUGCCCUUCUGAAAAAGGCUUUCGAAAAGGUCACUGGUCUUUGUAAUUUAAUCUGUGCUUGAAAUUCAAUACUUGACUGAAGGACCUUACAGAUGGUGUAUGUAUGGGGUACAGAGGAAGGGUUAGUCACUAAAAUAUCAUGUCAACCCCCAUUACACACAGUGAGUCCAUAUAACUUCAAAUCAAAUUGUAUUAGUCACAUGUACCGAAUACAACAGAUGUAGACCUUACAUUGAAAUGCUUACUUACAAGCCCCUAACUGACAAUGCAGUUAAAAAAAAAUAUGGAUAAGAAUAAGAGAGAAAUGUAACAAGUAAUUAAAGAGGAGCAGUAAAAAAUAACAAUAUAUACAGGGGGUACCGGUACAGAGUCAAUCUGCGGGGGCACCGGUUAGUUGAGGUAGUAUGAACAUGUAGGUAGAGUUAAUUAAAGGGACUAUGCAUAGAUGACAACAGAGUGGCAGUGGUGGGGAGGGAGGGGGCAAUGUGAAUAGUCUGGGUAGACAUUUGACUAGAUAUUCAGGAGUCUUAUGGCUUGGGGGUAGAAGCUGUUUAGAAGCCUCUUGGACCUAGACUUGGCGCUCUGGUACCGCUUGCCGUGUGGUAGCAGAGAGAACAGUCUAUGACUAGGGUGGCUGGAGUCUUUGACAAUUUUCAGGGCCUUCCUCUGACACCGCCUGGUAUAGAGGUCCUGGAUAGCAGGAAGCUUGGCCACAGCGAUGUACAGGGCCGUUCGCACUACGCUCUGUAGUGCCUUGUGGUCAGAAUCCGAGCAGUUGCCAUACCAGGCAGUGAAGCUCUCAAUGGUGCAGCUGUAGAACAUUUUGAGGAUCUGAGGACCCAUGCCAAAUAUUUUCAGUCUCCUGAGGGGGAAUAGGUUUUGUCAUGCAUGCUUCACGACUGUCAUGGUAUGCUUGGACCAUGUUAGUUCGUUGGUGAUGUGGACACCAAGGAACUUGAAGCUCUCAACCUGCUCCACUGCUGCACCGUCGUUGAGAAUGGGGGUGUGCUCGGUGCUAUUUUUUCCUGUAGUCCGCAAUCAUCUCAAUUGUCUUGAUCACAUUGAGGGAGAGGUUGUUGUCUUGGCACCACAUGGCCAGGUCUCUGACCUCCUCCCUAUAGGCUCGUCUCAUUGUCGGUGUCAUCGACAAAAUUAAUGAUGGUGUUGGAUUCGUGCCUGGCCGUGCAGUCAUGAGUGAACAGGGAGUAUAGGAGAGGACUGAGCACGCACCCCUGAGUGGCCCCUGUGUUGUAAUGUGGUCUGCAGUUUAUCAUGAGAAACUACCUCAGAUGAGCAAUGGCUCGAGACUUCCUUAGAUAUUGUGCACCAGCUGUUUACAAAAAUACAUAGACCGCCACACCUUGUCUUACCAGAUGCUGCUGUUCUAUCCUGCCGGUACAUAGUAUAACCAGCCAGCUGUAUGUUGAUAUUGUUGUCAUUCAGCCACGACUCCGUGAAGCUUAUGAUGCUACAGUUAAUGUCCCGUAGGGUAGUUUAAUCUUCCCAAUAACUCGUCCAUUUUAUUGUCCAAAGAUUGCAUGUUUGCGAGCAGAAUUGCGGGGAGUUAGGGUUUAUUCGAUCACCGCCUACUCCUCAGAAGGCAGCCCGCCCUCCGGCCUCUAUCUCCACCUCCUCUUCACGCAGAUCACUGGGGCCUGUUCCUGAGGGAGCCGUAUAUCCUCAGCCUCGGGCUCAUCAGAGUUGUGAAAGAAGAGAAAGGUUUCUGCUAGUCCGUGGUGAGUAAUCUCAGUCCUGAUGUCUAGAAGUCAUUUUCGGUCAUAAAAGACGGUAACGGCAACAUUAUGUACAAAAACAAGUUAAACAACGCAGAUAAAACAAAAAACACAAUCGGUUGGGGUAAAACAUCUGCCUCAAAUCAAACUAAUUUAGGCCUGAACAAAGGGGCUAUAUUUUAGUUAGUUAUCUACUUGUAUUCAUCUUCAAGAAAAUCUUACACUUUGACAUUGGUGUAUUUUGAGUCAAUUGUUGACCCCCCAAAAAAUACAAUUUUAUCAAUUUUAAUCCCACUUUGUAACACAAAAUGUGAAGAAAUCCAAGGGGUAUGAAUACUUUUGCAAGGCACUGUAGAUAGUUAAUGUCUUCUUGCAGUUUAAAAGGUGUCGGUUGGUUUGACCAAUCCAUUUGUUUUCAUUUGUACAAAUCAUGUUUUUCCAGAAUAGACCUCAGUAUUCUUUGAUGAAAACACUGUACAUUUGACAUUGAACAUCCUAUAGAUAGACUACUAACUUACAGUAUGAGCAUUGAAUGAAGGCUUGCAGAAACCCGGUCAGAUAUGCCUAUCACCAACUCUUUCUUGUUCAGUCCAUACCAAUCUUCUUUGCAGUGAAAUGAGGUACCUUACAGCAAUGUGUCCUCCAGCUAAGGCAGGGGUCGUUUAGCAGCUCAUGGAAAUGCAUAGUGAUGUACAAUGAAUGUGAUCAAACACAACUGCAAACAUUAGCUAAUGCUUCUGUACAGGCCAUAGACCACCAUAAAUAACACCAUAUUGUCUAGGAGUCGUGAAACAGUAUGCCCAGUAACAUGGGGACUGUGUCUUCUGUCUGCCUGUCGUUUCCUAUGCAGCUUCAGGUUAAACCAUCAUCCUAAAACACUGCUAUAAGCAAAGGGAACAUGUAUCACUUUUAUCUGGAUAUUGUUUGUUACAUUGUUCUUCAGAAUGUCACAAAUGUUGUUUUCUUUGAUUUAGACUUUUCAAAAAUGUUUGAUCAGUCUGCUAAGUAAUUCUACUGUAAACAAAAUGUUAUUGUUGCUUGAAUAUGUUAAACUACUACUGUACUACUACAUACUCUAAUGGUAGAAUACAAAUAGAGAAAUGCUAUGAAUUCCCUUCUACAUUUUUUUCUUUUUAAAGUGAGCAUUAUAACUUUAUAAUAAGAUGUUAGCUAGCUACAGUAGAAAUAAUAGCUGAUAUGAUUUGACGUUCAGAUCUAGUUUCCCUCCUCAGAAUAACAAAUAAAAUGUUAUUGUCAUAGUGUGA